AUGAAGACACUAGUAGUAGUAUCAGCUCUAGUAUCUUUAGCCAUCGCGGCUCCUACACUGCCCGAGGAUGGCACCGAGAGCAGGGAUACUACUUUAAACUUGGCCCAUCAAGCAAAAUCUACUUUAUUAGAAAAUCUGACUAAAGAAAGGACACCGACGGAAACUGCACCUGUGACACUUUUGCAUAACGGAGCCCCAACCACCGAUUUUCUAAACACGCAGAUCAGCAAUGAUGGUACAUCAAUGCCUAUGGCAAGGAGUUUCCUUUUGAAAAAACCAUUGAUUGUGAAGAAAAAAUACGGAUAUAAACUCUACCGUGAUUCCGAAGAAGAAAAAGCUCAGGCUGACUCCAACGAGACAUGUGGAAGACAAGUCAAGGUGAAAUUAUGCGACGAAAAUGAAAAAUAUAGAGCUUCGAUGGUAUCUACUGAUGGAAAUGUCGACAUACAUUCAUCGGACGACGACGUGAAACAUAGCAUUAAGAUGGCGAAGGAAGCUGUAGAAAAUUUGCAAAGAGAUCUGAAGAAAAUGGAGAUGAAGACUGAAAUGAAAACUGCUCACGAUUCACAAUCUGAUGUGGAACUUCAUGAAGAUAUUGAAGUGGCUAGAAAAGCCCUUGAGCACAUUCACGAUAAUUUUGAAAACUUAGAAACUAUGAGUUUACGUGCAACGGCAACAAGGAACUCAGAAGAUAUGCACGAUGUCCAUCUGACUAUAGCGAAAACGGAAGAAGAGCGAAUGGCUCAAUGGAAAGAAGCACUUGAAAACAUUCAAAAGAAUGUUGAAAUUGCCAGAAACAUUGAAGACAGUUUUAAAACUGCCAACACCCAGGAAGAUAUGGUACACUUAGACCAAUCAAAUGCUGCUUCUACAUUUAACAACAGGAUGGACGAAACUGCACUUUUAUCUGAAACCGAUCAAUUACGUCUUGCACAUGGUGUCAAUUUAGAAGUUCACAAUCAGGAAAGAACAACAAAGGACGAAAAACCAUUGGAAAAGACAAUGCAUGAAAACAUGGAUGAACUAAUUGCCAGGAAGACAGUAAAUGUUGACGAUGAUAUGAAUUUUGCCCCAUCAGAAAUGAUCGAAGUUCAUUUAGAUAACAACAAACAUCACGAAACUCUGAAAAGCGAGAGUCAUAAAAUUGCCGAAAAUGCAAAAAGUGCUGAACCCGAAUUAGAAGACUCUAAAACUGUCGUCGAGAAAAACGAUUUAAAAAAUCUGCAACAGUUUGAAGACCAUAACGUCCAGGAGAAAAGUGCUAAGCUUAAUAUGGAAACUUUAGAAAGUAUUCCUACUGAUGCCAGUACAAAACCUCUGACCUUUGUUCCAGUCAGUGAACAGCAAAGAACCGUAGAACUGAACGAAAACGGCACUGAAAUUCAAAAUCAACAGGAAAAAGUCAAAGAAACGGAUUCUGACGAUAUAAGCGACUUCAUCCUAAGAUCAGCAUUCAAUACCGAGGAAUCAAAGUUAACAAAGGAAGACAUUGGCAACGAGCACAUGGUAGCUAAAGAUACUGAGGGCUUAAAUCCUGAACAGAAAGAAUUUCUUACUGAAACUUGGGAUUUAAAAGCAAAGGAAGCUCUCCCUACUCCCCAUAAUGAAAUUAAACAUUUUGAUACCAUGCCUAAAUCUACAGAAACAUUGGAAAACAAGCAUUUUCUAAUGAGAGAUAAUGAACAUGCUGAACGCGAAAAGUUUAUUCAAGAUCAGCUUAGGCAACAAUGGAUGCAACGUGAGGAGUUGAAUCAGAUGGAGACUUUACAAGCAAUGAGAACAGCAAAUGAUAAUCGCCUACAAAACCAAAAAACUAUUUUCUGGCCACAGGCUCAGAGUCACAAAAAUUUUGAACAUCUGCCUUCAAUGAAAGCUGCUGAAGAUUUUGACCAGCAAUUUGAGACUACUCAUGGAGAACUAGAACAGGGUUUCGUCCCCGAGAAUGCCAUGGAUCAUUUCAGAAGCUCCUAUGUACCAGAACAUAUCCAUAUGCCAAGCAAGAUGGGUUCUCAUGUCUCUGAUUUGAGUCACAGUCACCAUCAUUCUCAUUACCCCUCAAGAUAUCACCAGAACUCAAUGACUCAUCAACAUAUGCACGAGAUGGCUGGUAUGGGCAGCGCUAUGCAUCCCCAUUUCCUUCCUCAUAUGAGAGAUGCUAUGGACGGUUUCGAGUCAGAACACACGUUCCACUGGCAGCCCACCCAUGAAUCCGCCAGAACAGCUUACGGAGCUUCUGGGUUAUCAAGUUCAGUAAGUCCAUCUGGUGCUGUUGGUGUUUUCCCUAACGCAAACGUUGGAGGUUGUGGUAUUCCUUUACUUCUGAGCUGCUCACCUUCCGUGGUGUCAGGUAGCUUGGCAAAGGCACAUUCAGCUGGCCCCUCAUCCUACAGUGCUCCGCAAUACAGAAUGGAAGAAGACUUCAACUUCCUCACCAAACGUGGUAUCAACAUGAAUGACAUGAGGACCACCAACACCAUGCGAGCCAUGACUACUGCUUUAAAACAGAAUACUCCCAAGACCUUAGAGAAUAAAGCUGCCGAUUAUGAUAAUAUGGUUAGGGUUACACGAAACCUGCUGCCCAGGCCUGUCCCUGAAUCACUGUUCCUGAGACCUCUAGAAGCAAACAUGAAUACAAAUGACGCAAGGACAUACUCAGACAACCCUAGCAUCAUUCGAUUUCCCACAUCUGGUGAUUUGACUGUGCUGGAUCCUUUACCGCAUACCUCGUAUUUCGACCACGGAAUUCAAGCAGCACUGCCUUUAGAAUACGACUUGACGAACCAAAAACUUUCAUUACCGAUCGAGUGGAACAAUGACUACCUGCGUACAUCCUAUGAAACCGAUAUGACUAACAAUCAAGCUUACCAAGGACUCAAUAGAGGUUCAAUGAACACAGACGUAGAUCCAUAUGAAGUUGAUCUAUACCCUAUGGUGCAUACAAGUUUAUCAGCAGCUUUGAACCCCGUGCUUCCUGCGAACAAUAUGGCUCCAGUGUUAGAAACCGAAAUCCUUGAAACAAUGCCGUCACUAAACACUCGCGGUGGAUAUGACAUUGAUGUACUGAAUCCUGAAAACUCCGGAGUGAUGAUGCCCAACUCUCGACUGAAACGAGAUUUUUUGGAAGACUUGGCCCAUGAAGCGAUGAUGCAAAACCUUCUGCCGACGAUGCCUGUGCCAUUCACUCGUGGCGCCGAGAUUUCGCCAUCCUACUACUCCGGGACACCGCAUUCAGCUUCGCUCGGUGAAGGUACAGCGAUGGCAAUUUAUCCAAAAAGUAGUGUAAAUACUGAUGCCAUCCCGAUCCUCCUUAGAUGUUCACCGAAUGUUGUACGUGGAACGCUUUCCAGUGCUUACGCUGAACCAACGCCCCAGGUCGCCGGAGUGGCGUACAGAGAGAAUUCAAAAACCCCCGUCAAAGAGUAUACACCAAAUAAAGUGUGA